AAAGUAGAAAGAAAGUGCAACAAAGUUUUUUGUUUGAUUGAUUAACUUUUAAUUAUUAAAAUCUCAUCUAGAAUGGCGCGUAGUGGGAUUAUGUCACCAGCGGAUUCUGCACUUUAUAUCGCUAAUAACUCUAAACAUGUAAAAAUACACGAAGAAGGAAUCGAAAAGCUUUGUGGAGAGAUGCUUCAAUCGAUGGUAUCCAACAAACUUGAGAUCCCAGACACUGGUGCUAGCAUACAGUAUCUGAGCAAAGAAGAUCCACGUUCCGUAGACUGGAUAUAUGUAGCGGAUGCCUUGAAUUUUUGCUUCUGGUCAUAUUCUGGAGCUGAAAAGUGGACCGUAGAUGGACAUUCAGGUUAUUAUGCCUUGGAAGCUGCUCUAAGUAGAGCUUUGAAAGAAGGCCACAAUGUCACCAACCCAGAAUACUACUCCAAAAUAACUGCAGAUGACCUCAGACAUAUCUUUAGAAGUGACAAUGAUGCUAAAGUACCAUUAUUUGAGGAGAGGCUCUCAGUUCUACACGAAGUUGGGAGUGUACUUAUAGAGAAAUACAAUGGAACCUUUACAACAUGUUUGAAGCAAGCUUCUAAAUCUGCUGAAAAGCUUCUACGGAUAAUCGUCAGUGAUUUCCCUUGCUUCCGAGACGAAGCUGAAUUUAAAAACAAAAAAGUUUCUUUGUACAAACGGGCUCAAAUCCUGGUGGCAGAUAUUUGGAACUUCUUUGGAGGUUCUGGAUGGGGAGAAUUUGAAGAUAUAGACAAGAUAACAAUGUUCGCUGACUAUAGAGUGCCUCAAGUUUUGGUGUACUUUGGGGCGAUGAGUUACAGUGAUGAGUUGAUGGAUAAUUUGAAAAAAGAUAUCCUCUUACCCAGUGGUUCUGAAGAAGAAGUAGAAAUCCGAGGCUGCUCCAUUCACACAGUUGAGCUGAUCAAGCGCAGAUUAAAGGAGAAGACUGAAGGUCAGUCCAACGUACAAGUCCCUAACUCCAGUCUGAUUGACUACUACCUAUGGUGCUACCGAAGGAAAUACGCUGAUGAACUGGAGAAAGUCCCCUUCCACAAAACAUUGGGUAUAUUUUAUUAAUAUUUUACAAUUAAGUAACUAAAGUAUGUAUUCUUGGUAAUAAAAUAAGAAUUGAAUAAAAUUUUGAAGGUAGGUGAAAAAAUGUACUGCCAUUUUUUUUUAAUUUGGCUGUUGUUACCAGUGUCUGAGUGUAUAAACCAUAGACAAUAAUCACAACUUUCUGUGGUGUUGCCUGAGUUAAAAAGUUUUAGAUACUUAUGCCAAAAUCAAGUAUCAUGAUUUGAUUUGAAAUUUUAGCUUUUUUUGGGGCUAAAAUUGGUAAUAAUAAAAUACUAAAAUAUUUUUUUUAUUAAAGAGCUUACACAUUAGGUUAGACUUUUUACACAUUAGUAGAGUUAGUGUAAAAACGUGUUGUGAUUCCUGACCCGACCACGACAUGGAACGGAGUUUUUACUGUGGCACAAAAUGGUAAUUUUAAUUGUGUUUUACUGUGCCACUUAUCCCAAGAAUUUGUGCCUUGUACUUUUUG